AUGAUGGAUCAAAAGUCAUCUCUCGAUUAUGCUGAAGAUCCUGAGGCCAAGAAGGAGGUCAUCGAGGAGGAGGUUACAUUGGACGAGGAAACAUUGAAGCUCGACCGCCAGACUCUUCUUAGGCUGGACCUUUUGCUUAUGCCUAUGACCCUGAUGUUGUAUCUGCUGGCUUGGUUAGAUCGUGCAAACGUGGGAAACGCACGAGUGGCCGGUCUGGAAAAGGACCUCCAUUUGACCGAUCUGCAAUACAAAACAGCCAUUACCGUCACUUAUGUCCCCUAUGUCAUGUCCGAACUUCCCUCCAAUCUCCUGCUGAAGAUCAUCGGCCCCCGUAUCCUCCUUCCUACUCUAUGCACACUCUGGGGUCUCGUGACAACCCUCCAGUCCCAAGUGCACAACUACUCCGGCUUCCUCGCUUGCCGGUUCUUCCUGGGCUUGCUAGAAGGAGGUCUCUUUCCGGGCAUUGUUCUCUUCUUGUCCAACUUCUACCGCCGCCACGAACUCCAGGUUCGCAUCGCCCUCUUCUUCUCCGCCGCCUCCUUGAGUGGCGCCUUCUCAGGCCUUCUCGCUGCUGCCAUCCAGCAGAUGAGCGGUACCCGCGGUAUGAAGGGUUGGCAGUGGAUCUUCCUCCUUGAGGGGUUGUUCACCGUCUGCUUCGGUCUCUUCUCCUUCUUCAUGCUUCCCAACGGCCCGGAGAAAGUCAUCACCUUUCGCCCCGAGCACUCGCAGCGCUGCAUCGCCCGUCUGCAGCAGGACAGCAACAACUUUGAAACUGAAGCAAAGGUCACAUUUAAGGGUGUCGUCUCCGUCCUGAAGGACCUCCAUGUCUGGAUCGCAUGCCUAAUUCUAUUCUGCAAUGGGGCAUGCCUCUUCGGACUCGCCUAUUUCUCGCCAUCCAUCGUCCAGGCGCUUGGAUACAGCUCUACCAAAACACAGCUGAUGACUGUUCCCCCGUACGCGUGUGGGUUCGUCGUGACAAUGCUGACAGCGUACCUUUCCGACCGCCGACAGCAGCGUGGCGUCGGGGCAUUCGUCACGAGUGGCAUUGCGCUUAUUGGCGCCGCGCUGGCCGUCAAUGGACGUAGCGUGGGUAUCCGCUACGCUGCCCUCAUGCUUCUCGUGACGGGAGUGUAUGCCUGCGCACCUUGCCUGAUUAGUUGGGUGCCGAACAACACGGCCGGACACCUGCGGCGCGCGACUGCCGUGGCCAUGGCGUUCAUCGCGACGAAUAUGGGCGGCAUCAUGAGUACAUGGAUCUACCCUAAGGAGUCGGCGCCGUACUUCCACCUGGGCAUCCGCUUCAAUCUGUCCUUGUUGGUGAUCGCUAUGGUGCUUGUUGUGGUGCAGGUGCUAUUGUUGCGGUUUUUGAAUCGUAGGAAGGAGAGGGAUCCGGUGAGACUGCUGCAGGGGCUUGAGGAUCUGCCGUAUGAGGAGCAGUUUGCCAAGCUGGGGGAUAGACACCCGAGGUAUAAGUAUACUUACUAG